GCCGCGCGGAGGAGCCAUGGCCGACCACCUGGUGGACGGUCCUCCGCCGAAGCGGCCCAAACUCGAUCCGUUCCAGGGGACGUCGGAUUCGACGGUAGUGGGUAUGCCGCCUUUAUUGAUGCACCCUGCUUAUACGAACUACGGGGGAGGUGGCAGUGGUAACAUGCAACAAAUACAGGCUCCACCGCAACAGCUACAUCUGCAACAGCAUCCGCUGCAACACUGGAACAACAUCCAGAAAAGAAAUUACAUUUCUAACACAGAAAUGUUCGAUCUUGAAAAUGAUCUUCCUGAUGACUUGCUGUCAUCUGGAUCUUGGGGUUCCACAACCGAGAGCACCAAGCCACCUGCAACUGGUCCUGGUCCAGGGCAGCAAAAUGGUGCUCUCGAGACAGAACUCAGACAACAUGUACAGCAGCAGCAACAACAACUCUCUCAUCAUCUUAUUCAACAACAGCAGGGAAACAAAAACUUGGUGGCGAAUUCCUUAGUAAUGGCUGCUGGAACGUUAGGUAACAAGAGUCCGAAUAUGCAAUCGCCACCGAACGUUUCCGUUUCUAAGGGAGGAAUAGUCGAUCCACAGAUGGUCGUGAGUCUUGGUAAUCUACCAAGUAGUAUAGCCAGUUCGUUGGCGAAUAAUCAAAUGUCGAUCGCGAAUUCGAUGGGCGGUUUACAAUCAUCUAUGAGUAUGGCCGGAAGUAACCCCGCGAUGUCGAUGCCGGGCGGUAUGAAUUCCGGUUUAGUGAUGACUAGCACCGCUAGCGGAAACAAUAUGGGAGGAAUGGCUGGCGGGAGCUUGAUAGUAACAAACAGUUUGAACAAACAACCUUUAAAUACAGUAACCAUGAUGGGCCCUAAUACUCAAGCAAUACAUCAUCCCGGUGCUCCUCACGGGGUUACGCCGAUGCAAAAUGGUCCUGGAAUGAUGAACACAAGAGCUGUGGCAAUGCAGCAACAACAGCAAGCGCAUAUGAUUGGACCGGCGAGAGGGCAAAGUCCUCAUCAACAGGUGCAUCAAGUUGGCAUCGUCGGUCCUGGUCAGGGUGGUCCCAGAAUGCAGGCUCCUCCUAACAUGGCAAAUAUGCCGACUAUGGGGCAACUAGGUGCAUCGAAUCCGUAUAGCUAUGGUUCUCCAAAUACGGUUGGACCAGGGGCAGGCGUAACUGUAUGCUCCAAUAAUCCCGUAGGUGUCGUCAAACCGCAGCAGAAGGGCGUUGGAACAAACAUGAGUCCCAUGCAAGCGCGUCGAGACACUAUCGUGUCUCUGGACUAUUAUAAAUCAUGCCAAAAAUCGACACCAGAUCCAGAAAAAUGUAGACUCAUACAGCAACAAUUGGUGCUACUUUUACAUGCGCAUAAAUGCCAGCGACGCGAGAGUCAAGCGAACGGCGAGAUGAGACAGUGCACCUUGCCGGAUUGUAAAACCAUGAAAAAUGUUUUGAAUCAUAUGACGAAUUGUCAAGUUGGUAAAACUUGUACGGUGCCUCACUGUAGCAUGUCUAGACAAAUUAUCAGUCAUUGGAAACAUUGUAACCGAAGUGAUUGUCCAGUAUGCUUGCCAAUAAAACAAGCAAAUAAAAAUAGGACUAAUUCUGCGCAAGCGCCCGCAAUUCAACCAAAUAAUCAGCCAAAUACAAGUCCAUCUGAAAUGAGAAGGGCUUAUGAAGCUUUAGGGAUUCAAUGUCCAACAACGACACCGGGAAUUUUGCCCGGUCAAGGCGUUGGAAGAGGCGUCAGAAUGCCAACUCCCGGCAUGGCGGGUCCUCCAGGAGCACUGGGCAAUGUUAGAUUAGCGCAACCUCAAACACAGGAUUUUUACGAGAAAAGCAACAAGCGAUGGGCGCCCAUGUGUGUUUCAGCUGCACCGGGACAAUCUGUAGUCGGUGCUGGACAACAAGUAGUCGCUCCGAAUGUAUCUCUUCCUUUAAAUUCCGAUCCUAGCACAGUCGGAGUAGCCGGUAAUCAGACGGUACCGACGACUGGACCCACAUCCGCCGCAGCAGCGGCUGCUGCCCAUAUACAGCAAUCUGUUAAUAUGCAAACAUUGUUCGGACUGAACGAGUCUGGACAACCUGGUGUGAUAGGCGGGGAAAAUAGAUUAGCAAAUCUGCAGCUUCCAGGUGGUCUUCAACCCGGACAAGUCACUGCGACGCCGGUGCAAGGAACAAAGGAAUGGCAUUUGUCCGUCACUCCUGAUCUCAGGAACCAUCUCGUUCAUAAAUUGGUUCAAGCGAUAUUCCCGACUCCCGAUCCACAAGCCAUGCUCGAUAAAAGAAUGCACAACUUAGUUGCGUACGCGAGGAAGGUAGAAGGUGACAUGUAUGAAAUGGCUAACUCUCGGUCGGAAUAUUAUCAUCUAUUGGCCGAGAAAAUUUACAAGAUUCAAAAGGAACUUGAUGAAAAACGACAAAAACGAAAGGAACAACAACAGCUGCAAGCGCAACAGCAACAACAGCAACAACAACCAACGCAGCCACCGGGUACAUCUGGUCCUGGAUUAAGGCCAUGUGCGCCUCCAAAUGUAGGUACCGUUAUGCCAGGGGCAUCGAAACCUGUCGGGACAGUACCACCUACCUUACGAAGUCACUCACCGAGUAUGGGUCAACUGGCAACGAUACCAGCGAUGGCUAUCCAACAGCACAAUAGGAUGCAGUUCCCACAGCAACAGCAAGCGCAACAACAACAGCAGGCCCAACAGCAACAGGUGCAAGCUCAGCAGCAAAUACAACAGCAGCAGCAGCAACAACAACAAGGCAUCCUGGUAGGCCCUCCCGGUCCUAGCCCAAACGGACAAUCUACAUCCAAUGCCAAUAUGGUGCCUAAUCCUGGACUGAGUCCGUUUGGACCUCAAAUGUCCCAGGCUAAUCUUACGACCACUACUGCAUCUAACAACGCGACGACUAGUCAAUUCCCGACGUCCAAUGGCACGACUGCCGGUUUACCUAACAGUUCUCCUAUUCAGAACCAGCAUCAAUUUCCCGAUCUCAUGAAAGUCCGGCUGGCGCAAGCCCAGGCUCAAGCGGCGCAACAACAGCAACAACAACAGCAGCAGCAACAGCAAAGUCAGCAACAACCACAACCGACAAGUGCUCCCAGCCAGGUCGGUACUCCAGCAACAUCGAUUCCGCAAACACCAUCACCGUUUAGUGGUAUGCAGCAACCAAGUGCACAGCAGCCGCAGCAACAGCCGCAACAACAAUCGAAUCAACAAUUUCCAACUCGGCCAUUGUCAGCUACCACGCCUAAUGACAAUGGUAUUGCAACAUCGACACCACAGACGAUACCACCGCCUGCGUCCAGCGGACCAAGUCCAACGGGUGGCGUACCCGUGACGACUACGGGUACGACUAACGGACCUCAGUCGACCACGUCCACACCAAACACACCACUUGUACCAUCAUUAAUGACGCCAAAUCAAACGGUCUCUUCCGCAUCGAACCAGACGCCUCCCCAUUCCGGCCCAACACCGUCCCCAGCCGGCCUUGCGAGUCUUGGCAAGGGUAUGACCUUGCAAGAACGAGCGGCACUAAACACUCCACGUAGUACAUCCAUGUCUUCGCAAAUGGCUGCCAUUACAGCAGCGCUUGAUCGUGACAAUUCACCCAGCCCGCCAAUGAAUAAUAAUAAAGGAAAGCUGGAUUCCAUCAAGGAGGAAAUAAAGAUGGAGAUCAAACAAGAACCUCCGGACGAGCCACAGAAUCACAGAAUGGAUGGUAAAAGUGUGAACAAUGAGAUUAUUAUCAAAACCGAGCCGAAGACCGAACCAAUGGAGGAGAGCUCGAAUGAGGCAAUCGUGAAGGAAGAGCCUGGCAUUAAAGAGGAGAGCAUGACUCCCGUGUCCAGUCAGGAUACGACUACCUCUGACAUCAAACCUUUAGUGCCGGAACCGAUUCAACCAAGUGGCACGUCCACUGACAAGAAGAAGUGCUUGUUCAAGCCUGAUGAAUUGCGCCAAGCAUUGAUGCCGACGUUGGAAAAGCUAUAUCGACAAGAUCCUGAGAGCAUUCCGUUCCGACAGCCGGUAGAUCCUCAGGCAUUGGGUAUACCGGAUUAUCCGACUAUCGUGAAGAAGCCGAUGGAUCUAUCGACGAUCAAGAAAAAACUCGACACGGAGAAGUAUAGCGAUCCGUGGGAGUACGUCGACGAUGUUUGGAUGAUGUUUGAUAAUGCUUGGCUGUAUAAUCGCAAGACUUCUCGAGUUUAUAGAUAUUGCACCAAGCUCUCGGAAGUGUUCGAGCAGGAGAUAGACCCCGUGAUGCAGGCACUAGGUUAUUGUUGCGGCAGAAAGUACACAUUCAACCCGCAGGUACUUUGUUGCUAUGGCAAGCAGCUUUGUACGAUACCUAGGGAUGCAAAGUAUUAUUCGUAUCAAAACAGUGGUCUUCUAAAGGGAAUUGGUCUUCUUUCCGACAGAUACACCUUCUGUCAGAAAUGUUUCAACGACAUUCCUGGUGACACAGUGACGUUGGGAGACGAUCCAACGCAGCCUCAAACUGCCAUCAAGAAGGAACAAUUCCAGGAAAUGAAGAAUGAUCACUUAGAAUUAGAGCCUUUUGUAACCUGUACGGACUGUGGUAGGAGAGUACAUCAAAUUUGUGUGCUCCAUAUGGAAGCAAUCUGGCCAUUAGGAUUUACCUGUGAUAAUUGCUUAAAGAAGAAGGGACAGAAACGCAAAGAGAAUAAAUUCAACGCCAAACGAUUACCCGUAACGAAACUCGGCACGUAUAUCGAGACGCGCGUAAAUAAUUUCUUGAAGAAGAAGGAAGCGGGCGCCGGUGAGGUCGCGAUCAGAGUGGUCGCAUCCAGCGACAAGGUGGUCGAGGUCAAACCCGGGAUGCGAAGUAGAUUCGUCGAGAACGGUGACAUGCCCGGCGAAUUCCCAUACCGCGCAAAAGCAUUGUUCGCGUUCGAGGAAGUCGACGGUACCGACGUCUGUUUUUUCGGUAUGCACGUGCAGGAGUACGGAAGCGAAUGUACGCCGCCUAACACCAGACGAGUUUACAUCGCGUAUCUGGAUUCUGUCCACUUCUUCAGGCCUAGACAAUUUCGAACGGCUGUGUAUCACGAGAUUCUUCUUGGAUAUCUCGAUUACGCGAAGCAGCUUGGAUACACUAUGGCUCACAUUUGGGCUUGUCCACCUUCCGAAGGGGACGAUUAUAUCUUCCACUGCCAUCCCGCAGAACAAAAAAUACCAAAGCCUAAGAGAUUGCAGGAGUGGUACAAGAAAAUGUUGGACAAGGGAAUGGUCGAAAGAAUCGUGCUCGACUACAAGGAUAUCUUAAAACAAGCUAUGGAAGAUAGGCUUUCAUCCGCGGCGGACCUACCAUAUUUUGAGGGCGACUUUUGGCCGAAUGUGUUGGAAGAAAGUAUUAAAGAAUUAGAUCAAGAAGAGGAAGAGAAACGUAAACAAGCUGAAGCGGCGGAAGCAGCCGCUGCUGCGGCAAACGCGAUAUUUUCACUGUCCGAAGACGCGGAAACUCCAGACGGUAAAAAGAAGGGUCAGAAAAAGGCGAAGAAAUCUAACAAAUCUAAAGCAAAUCAAAGAAAAAAUAGCAAAAAAUCGAAUACUCCUCAAACCGGCAAUGAUCUUUCCGCGAAAAUCUUUGCCACUAUGGAAAAGCACAAAGAGGUGUUUUUUGUCAUUAGGUUGCACAGCGCUCAAAGUGCAGCCAGUUUGGCACCUAUCCAAGAUCCCGAUCCUGUUAUCAAUUGUGAUCUAAUGGAUGGUCGUGACGCGUUUCUCACGAUGGCAAGGGAAAGGCAUUACGAAUUUUCAUCGCUUAGAAGAGCAAAGUUCAGUUCCAUGUCUAUGCUAUACGAAUUACAUAAUCAAGGCCAAGACAAGUUUGUUUACACUUGUAAUAACUGUAAAAGUCAUGUGGAGACUAGAUACCAUUGUACAGUUUGUGACGAUUUCGAUUUAUGUGUGAGUUGUAAAGAUAAAGAUGGUCACCCGCAUCCGAUGGAGAAACUUGGUUUUGAUUUGGAUGAUGGCUCUUCGCCGGCUGAUGCCAAACAAACGAAUCCACAAGAGGCCAGGAAAUUAUCGAUACAGAGAUGUAUUCAGUCAUUGGUGCAUGCUUGCCAAUGUAGAGAUGCCAAUUGUCGUCUACCGAGUUGUCAGAAGAUGAAGCGAGUAGUUAUGCAUACGAAGAACUGCAAGAGAAAGACAAAUGGUGGUUGUCCUAUAUGUAAACAGUUAAUUGCGUUGUGUUGUUAUCAUGCAAAACACUGCCAAGAGACCAAAUGUCUCGUUCCAUUCUGCUCCAACAUCAAGCAUAAAAUAAAACAGCAACAAUUACAACAACGGUUACAGCAAGCGCAGUUGCUUAGGAGGCGAAUGGCUGUGAUGAAUACGAGGCCCACCGGACCUGUAGCAAUGCAGACCGGACAGCAGACCUCAAACGUUGCCAUGACGACUGGAGUCGCUAUGAAACCUGGUGUUAGCACAUCGAAUUUGCCAACACCACAUCAACCAGGUAUCGGAUUGAAGCCCGGAACGCAAACUCCUCCUGCUCAUGUUCUACAAGUAGUGAAGCAGGUGCAAGAGGAGGCAGCGAGACAACAAGUACCACAUGUUAGUUACACCGGUAAGGUAACCCCGGGCGGUGGUGUUGGUGUGGGUGUCGGCGUAGGAGGUCAAACUGGCGGGGUAAUGCCGCCACCUCAGAUGCAACGGCCGUUGCCAGUUCAGAUGCCGAAUCCCAGCGGCACUCAUCUCAUCCCGAUGGAUCAAUGGACAGCGAGUAGGUACCAGUCGAAUACAGUGAUGCAACAAAAUCCCAAUUUGGCGCGACAGCAGACACCGCAACAGCUGAUGCAACAACAACAGCAACAACAGCAUCAGGCUCAACCGGGAAUGGGAAUGGGUGCGCAAAUGGCACGGCAACCGGGCGUGAUCGGGCCGGUCGGACAGGUCGGUCCGCAGGCAAGUACUAUGCACAAGCACGCUCUACAGCAGCUGAUGCAAACUCUCAGGAGUCCGCACACGCCUGACCAGCAGAAUCAGAUUCUCCAAAUAUUAAAGAGCAAUCCACCGUUAAUGGCCGCCUUCAUCAAGCAACGAGCGCUUGUCCAUCAGCAACAACCUGGUCAGCAUGGUGGGGGUGUCGGCGGCCCAUUGGGCCCUAAUCAACCCCAACAACAACAACCUGGUUUGCAGCAUAUGAUGUCUCAACAGCAGCAGCCGCAGCAGCAGCAACCGCAACAGCAGACGCAACAGCAACAACAACAAGGUAGACUGCAGAUACAGAUGCUGACGCAGCAGGCGCAACAACAACAGCCAGUGCAAGCGCAGUCGCAAUGGUAUAAGCAACAGAUGCUGGUGAUGCAACAGAGGCAACAACAGGUGGCUCAACAGCAGCAGCAGCAGCAGCAGCAGCAGCAACAACAACAACAGCAGCAGCAGCAGCAACAGCAGCAGCAGCCGUUCACUCAACCUCCGGCGCCACCAUACGGUCAACAGCGACCUAUACGGCCGCUUCUUGGUUACGGCGGUUUCAACGAACAGGGCUACGGUCAGCCAGGUCUGAAACCUACUCCGCCGCCCGUGCCCUCGCCGCAAGGCGUCAUGGGUCCGCCGGGGAUCUCCGUGCAACAACAGUUGAUGCAGUCAGUCCGUUCGCCACCGCCCAUCCGAUCUCCGCAGCCCAACCCCUCGCCGCGACCUGUCCCUUCCCCUCGUAAUCAACCGGUACCGUCACCGCGAUCGGGUCCGGUGCCAUCGCCGCAUCAUCAUCCGCCUCACGGCACGCCGACACAUUCGCCGGCUCACGAGCUCGGCGGCGGUCCUAGCGAGAUGAUGCUUUCGCAGCUGGGUGGCGGUCCAGGUGCGCCCACCGGCCAUCCCGCCACUAUGCCUCAUCAUCCCUCGCCGGCGCCGGCGCCCACGAAUGGCGGCGCAGACGCCAACGAGGUAACGCCGAUGACGCCGCAGGACCAACUCUCCAAGUUCGUCGAGGGGUUGUAGUGACUGUUACGGACGAUCACAUCGGUCGAUGGUUAUGUAAGUGUUUCCCUUAACGGAGACGACAACGGCGGCGCUCGGAUGGCUGCGACCGUCCGCGUCGCGUGAAUUUAUAAAUAAUACGAAACGGAAUUAUGAAAGCAUUAGAUAAUUAAUCUUGAAACUCGCGCGCGCGCCGAUAGAGACUGAAAGAGAAAGCCUGACGCGCGUACCAUCAAAUUUUGUCGAGCGAUUGAGCCUGACACGCCUGGGGGCUUGAAACUCCCCUAGGACCGCAGGAUAGUUUCCGAUUUCGCGAUCCUCAAUAUUGCGAACAAACGUUUCGGUUCGCGCGCGCGUGUAUAUAUCUUCUCUUUCAAUUUUCUACAUUAUGCGAUGCGUCGAAAGACAAGAGGGAAAGAUAACGCGAUGUUGGUGCUUUUUAAUUCUUCUCGGCCUGGCUCAAAUAGACUCAAAAUGGUUUUCGUCCUUGGUCGAGAAAGAAAGAGAUAUGAAAAUCAGUAGUACGAGGAGGAACGAAAGACUAAAGCGAAACUGUCGAAAGAUCAUUAUUUACGUAUCCUCUACUCGUAUCCUCCAGAGCCCCCUCGACUCUACCACUCUUCCUCGCUGCUACUCGUGCAGGGUGAGUGAAAUCGUACAAAUAUAUAUAUAUAUAUCUCUC